UGUUGCCGAGAUUCAUUUCGUCUUCCAAUAGUUGGAGACACCAAUCUGGUGCUUCGUGUGGCGUUUGAUUUUCUGGUUUCUUGUUGGAUGAAACGCCUCAUCCUACUCGGCCCGUCGUCGACAAGAAAUUGCCAUCAAUCAUCAAUCAAUAACACUUAUUUCUCGUUUAGCCCACUGGGAACACAAAUCCAUAUGCGAAGAGGCACGAGCCGCUCUCCUCGUUGUGUCUGUAGAGUUAUUCAGGGCAAAGGAACUAUCUUCUUUGCUUGUUUUGACAAAAAAACCAUGGCAAUCGUAGAUUCAUGAAUUAUGCCGUGAUGUGUCGAGUGAGACUGGUAGAUUAAUUUCCUUCAAAGGUUUCGUGCACGAUUCGUUCAUCUUGUGGGUAUUUCACUACGUUGUGCUGCCAUGACUCCUCCAACCCCAGUUUCUCAAUUUAAAUCCCUCUUUGGUGAACCCAAUAUUGCAACACCUCUUCAAAAACCCAUCAGUGCCUGUUCAAAACUUGGCUCGCUUUUCUUGCCCAGAAGGUUAUCUGUGCAAUUUCAGGCUCCUCGUGGCGAUUCAAGGAUGUCAUUGAAGGCUAUUACUGUGUCAGCAACCACGGCCGAGAAAGCCAAGAAACCGUAUCCUGGUGAAUCCAAGGGGUUUGUGGAGGAGAUGAGGUUUGUGGCGAUGAAAUUGCAUACCAAGGAGCAGGCUAAAGAGGGAGAGAAGGAGAUCAGUCAACCUGAGGAGCGAUCAGUGGUCAAGUGGGAACCCACAACUGAUGGGUAUUUGAGGUUUCUUGUGGAUAGCAAAUUGGUUUUUGACACACUGGAAAAGAUCGUCUCUGAUGCUGUUUUUCCUUAUUAUGCUGAGUUCAGAAAUACAGGAUUGGAAAGGUCUGCAAGCUUGGCAAAAGAUCUGGAAUGGUUCAGAGAGCAAGGUCAUACCAUUCCUGAACCUUCUUCUCCGGGUCUUACCUAUGCACAGUAUCUUAAAGAGUUAUCUGUGAAGGAUCCCCAGGCCUUUAUCUGCCAUUUCUACAACAUAUACUUCGCCCAUUUCGCUGGUGGUAGGAUGGUUGGGAAGAAGAUGAGAGAAGAAGGUAUAUUCGAAAAUGAAGCAAGAACGUACCUGCUUUCUCUGUUGCAUGGGUUGAUGCACAAAAUUCUACAUCUGAGGCCCAUAAGGGUAUUGUCUAUUUGCCAAUACAGUCCUCCCUAGAGUUUUGUUGUAAAUUUACUCUUUAUGAUUUGUUUUUACCUUACUCUGUAUGCAUCUAGUCCAACCUAAUGUGAAGGUCUUGAACAAUGAAAUCUUCAACUUUUCUCGAGUUACUGAGAAAGUUGCAUGUGAAUGAUUUACCACCACUUCUGGGAGGAUAUAUGUUGGUUUCCAGCAAUAAAUGGAAAUCACACUAUUGUUGAUCCUUCUCAUAAUCUUAAGACGCAGGCUCUAUGGUGUUUUAAAACUUCAUUUUCAGUGAUUUUCUGGAGCUGAGGGAAAGAUUAGUAGUAAAUGUUACUUUAGUACUAUGCUUAAGGGUUAAGACAUUAUUUCACUUAAGUU